AUGACUGUCGGUGAUAUUACGUCACGUGCUCUCAGUGACAGCCGAGUCUCACAUGAAGAGUUUGAACAAGUUCUAGAUCAAAUGCGGCGUUUUAACGAGCGUAAACGCGUUAUCCAAGAUGAAUUCGACGCUCCGAUGCGUAAGAAACAGGCUACCGAUAUAGCUUCUCUACUCAAAGAGAUGGAAAAGACAAAUAAGAACUUGGAGCGUGAAAAAGAAGAAGUUGUUGCCGCCGCUGCUGAAAACGCACGCCGUGAAGGUGAAGCUCAAGCUUUCAAAAAAAUUGCGGGUCUGGUGUAUAAACGUCGCAUCAAACUAAUGGCAACUUUAGUAAUCGGUGGAACUGAUGAUGGUUAUGGAUCUGGAAAACCAGGACCACCAGGGCCUAGAGGCCCAAGAGGAGCUCAGGAAGAUAAAGGUGAUACAGGAGCUUCGGGGGCUCAAGAAGAUACGGGUCCUAAAGGACGAAAAGGAGAAAAAGGUGAUACAGGAGCUACAGGGGCUCAAGGAGAUACGGGUCUUAGAGGACCAAAAGGAGAGAAAGGUGAUGAGGAUCCUAGAGGAGAUGACGGAACUGAUGGGACCAAUGGAAGCGAUGGUGCGCCCGGGGCCACAGGAGCUCAAGAGCCUAAAGGAGAUACUGGAGCCACAAGGCCUCAAGGGCCUAAAGGAGAUACUGGAGCCACAGGGUGUAGCUCCAUGUAG